AAUUCUAUCUCCUGCUCUGAAGGGUUGCUAUUUGAAGUUCCUUUGGCACCUUUUUCACAUGUAAUAUUUCGUGGUUCCUCCCGGGGCUUUGUGAUCCACACAGGGUUUUGCCAGACAGCCAUUGAACAUACAUCUGCAGUCACCCUUUGAAAUAUGAGCUUGAAAUCGGAACGUAGAGGAAUUCAUGUGGACCAGUCAGAGCUGCUGUGUAAGAAAGGGUGUGGUUACUAUGGAAAUCCUGCUUGGCAAGGUUUUUGUUCCAAGUGUUGGAGAGAAGAGUACAGCAAAGCAAGACAGCGACAAAUUCAGGAAGACUGGGAGCUUGCAGAACGUUUACAGCGUGAAGAGGAAGCUGCUUAUGCUAGCAGCCAAGGGGCUCCAUCACUCACCUUCUCUAAAUUUGAAGAGAAAAAAACAAAUGAGACAAAAAGAAAAGUCCAGACUGUCAAAAAGUUCUUCAGUCCAUCAUCCCGGGCUGCACCAAAGAAAGUAGCAGACAGUCAGGAAGUUAAAGCCUCAAGUCCAUCCAUAAAUAGGCAGACCAGCCUAGAAACAGAACGUGCAUCUAAGGAUUUUAUUGAUUUCCUUAAGAUCUUUCGCAAACCUGGUCAAGAUAUACUAAAACAAUGCAGAGGAUUUAUUGAGUCAAUGCAACAUAAAAAGGAAUUGAGCAUUGAGGAACAAUCUGAGUGUGUCCAGGACUUCUAUCAAAACAUGGUUGACCGACUGCAGACCCACUCAAGUUUUAAAGGUUCCUCUGAACGGAUAGAAAAAUUGAUGGACCAGAUUGAAAACUACAUCAUGACACGACUAUACAAAAAUGUGUUUUGUCCAGAGACAACUGAUGACGAGAAAAAAGACCUUGCAAUUCAGAAAAGAAUCAGGGCAUUGCACUGGGUCACUCUUGAAAUGCUAUGUGUUCCAGUGAAUGAAGAAAUCCCUGAAGUUUAUGAGUUGGUUGUGAAAGCAAUUACAGAACUGUGGAGAAGACCUCAGGCCAUCACAGCAGAAAAGGAGCUUCAGCAGUCCAAGGAAAAGGCCUGGAAAGAGUAA